GCAGAACUCACUGCUCGACAUCAGUUCAACACCGAGCACGCAAGUGAACACAUCAAGCGCAAACGUUACUACGUCGAAGAAGUUCAAGUUUUAGUUAAAGUUCUUUAGUUAUCAUACAAAGUGAAAUCAAGCGAUUCAUACAAAAUGUCCAUCAUUCCGAUUUUGUUCCGGGACAGUUUCAUGGACGAUUUCAUGCGUCCGAGCAUUAUGGAGAAAUCAUUAUUCGAUGAUGAGUUUCCGGCAAAUCUUCUCGUGGCCAACAUACCCACUCGCCGAGGACCAAAACGACGUCGUUGUACGUGUGUCACCGAGAACCAACAAAACAAUGCCGUUCAAAAGAAGUCCAGAGAAAGCUUCGAAGUCAGCAUCGAUGUCCAGAACUUCAAACCAGAGGAAAUCUCCGUCAAAAUGGUCGACAAUUACAUUACAGUUGAGGGAAAGCACGAAGAGAAACAGGACGAGGAAGGAUUUGUGUCGAGGCACUUUGUUCGGAAGUACCGACUUCCGGAGGGACACGACCUGGAAAAGGUUGCAUCGUCACUGUCAUCCGAUGGAGUGCUGACCAUUAGGGCUCCCAGAUUGGCACUGCCAGAAGUACCAGCAAAAGAAAGGACGAUACCAAUCGUGCGGACAGAGCAGAUAGCUGAGGAUGAACCGAAAAGUCAGAAAACAGCUGAUUAAUAAAACUUCGUAUUUUCAGUAUUUCAGACCAUUCGAUUUCACGUUUCUUAAAUUAACAUCGGAAAAUAAAAAA